GCCCAUGUGUUUAGCAAAUCACCAACCUCUCAAAAAGAUUACAUUUAUAUUUAUGUGUAGAAUGUACUUGAAAAUACAUUCCUCCCAGAAUAUGGCAAUUAGGAUAACUGAACAAUUUUAAGUGCAUCUAUUGUACACAAAUACACUACUACAAGGCACCCUAUUAUGUAAUGCAGUCUACAAUAGACCACAUAAAUAUUAAAUUCAAGCAGAGAGUAUUCCACUGCUGCAGAUGUAUCUAAGUGCUAAAGCUGAAAUACUUAACCCUAACCACAAAUUUAUGCAUGUAUCAGUUUGUAAAAAUCAGCGACUGUGAAGAUCCCCCCUGAAACCUUAAACCCUGAUCUAUCAACAUAAAAAAGGUAACAAUGAUAUGCGGUAAGAAUUAUACAGCAUUAAAGGGCAGAAGAAAGGGGCAGUCGUGGUGUAUUGACUUGCUGUAAUCAUCGACAAACACGGCUACCGUAUGACAGGAUCACUUCUUCACUAACAUUUUACCUGAAGCUCCAGCGUUUUAUGAAUGAACUGCAACACAGUGGGAGGCAUAAUGCUGCAAAUUUUGAAAAAAAUAGGGGGGUUGUAUUUUUCAUCAGCAUGACAAAUGAAGAUGCAGCAACCACUGGAGCAGAGCUUCAGCCCACACAACACAGGGGACUAAUAAGGAAUGGCUGGCAGCCACGUGUUCUCGCAAAAAAUUAAUUCUGUCACUGGACCACUGUUCCUAUGAGAUUCCUGGUGUAUAUAAAUACAAUGCGAGUGAAAAUUUAAUUGAAAACUUACAAGUUCUCCUCAUUGUUUAUCAGAAGAUAGCAAUCGGGAACCCAGGAUAUUUUAAUGAGGACAUUUUUCAUUUUCCAAGACAUUUAUUUCCAUUCCAAGCUUACAGUCAGGUGUGUUAAGUCUGAAACAGCUUUGAUGUUGUUCCAAAAUCUCUGAAUGUUCCAGAUUUCACGUAGUGAUACAUUUUUGAAUUUAUUGGAAUAUUUGUUCUGAAUUUCUUUCUCUGUUUAACAUUAUUAACACAAAACUUGGGAUAUCAAGAAGUUAUCUGACAGCAAGAAAAAGGACAUUUGCUAGCCAUGAGGAAAAUUCUAGUGAUUUUGCUUUUUAGUUUUUAUUUCUGCCUUGGCAUGAAAACAUCGAAAAACUCCAAUAGGAAAUUGCUAAAAACCAAGCGAUGUAAGUAUACAUUCGUAGUCAAGGAGAUGGUAGAUGGCGGUCACUGUCCAAACCAAGUCCAAGAGUUUCCACAGGCAGACAAAAGAAUGGAGAGCUCCACCUUAGCAGCAGACUCUAAAAAUCCGUACAGUAUUAUAAAGAGCACCACCAACCAAAUACUGUCCGGGUCCACGUUUACACAGCUAGAGAAACGACUGAAAGCCGUAGAGAGUAUGCUAGAAGACCAAACGUUAGAAAACACCAAUCUAAACCAGACAAUCAGUAAACAGGAAUUCAAACUCCAACAAUGUGAUAAAAUGAUGAAUGAUUAUCACAAAAACAUCACAAACAUGUUUCGUUUAAUGAACCACCUCCAGAGGUCAAUAAAUGGGCAGAAGCAGGGGUAUCGGGAGCUGGAGAAGAAGGUCUCCGGCAUUGUCCUGGAUGUGGUAGAAGUGAACAAUGUGCUUGAGAAGAAAGUGACAGCAUUUGACAACACUGUCAGCAUGAAACGCAAAAACAUCCAGGUGGAAACCAUCUCUAAAGUGCUCAACUGUGGACAGACUAAUCCUGAGACCACUUUCAAAGACUGUCAGGAUGUCUUGGCUAGAGGUCACACCAUAAGUGCUGUGUACUACAUCACCACCACCUACUCAUCUUGUUCCAUCCCAGUCUGGUGCGACAUGGACACACCACCGGGGGGUUGGUUAGUUAUCCAGAACCGCUUCAAUGGUGAGGUGGACUUCAACAGACUCUGGGACGAGUACAGAGACGGCUUUGGCAAUAUUGCUUCAGAAUUUUGGUUGGGACUGGAUAACAUAUUCCUUCUGUCCAAUCAGGACUUCUAUGAACUUAGAUUUGAUCUCUGGGACUUUGAAGACAAUCGAGCGUUUGCUCUGUACAAGAAUUUUAAAUUAGAUGGAGCAAGAGACAGAUACAAGAUUCAUGCUACUGAUUUUGAAGGCAGUGCCAAGAAUGGUAUGCAAGUCCAUAAUGGCAUGCGCUUCUCCACCCCAGAUCAAGACAAUGAUAAUUGGUUGAAAUAUCACUGCGGUAAAGAAUGGCGGGCUGGGUGGUGGUUCAACAACUGUUGGCAUUCCAUUCUUAAUGGUCCAUAUUACAACCAAUCAAAAGUCCUAUCACGGGGAAUCUCCUGGAAUGACUGGAAGCCUGAACAACUCGCCAAAAGUCAGAUGAAAAUCCGACCCAGUCGCUUACAUAGAAGUGUGGAAUCAACCAAACAUGACCCGAAGGCAUCCAACUCAAAGAUGAACGAUGAGACUUAUCUACCCUCAAAUAGUCAGGACUUACAAAACAUGGAGAGCAGCAAACUGAAACCAAAAUCUUAGAAAUCAAAGCCUCUGGGUGUUCCAAUUUUUUUUUAUUAAGAAACCUACACCAAACUUUCACCUAUCUUUCAACAGAAUGUGCUAUAUUCCUUAUCUUUCAAAGGACAAAAUCAGUGGAAUAUUUCAGACUACAACCAAGCUAAAUCGGAAUGAUUCGGCUUGCAGAAAAAAGACAGAAAGGCAGUUUAUCUCUCAUAAUUCCAAGAUUUAUCACACAUUUUUUCAUUGAAGCAGACAGACUACAGCAUGUUUCAACAGUCUGUAUGAGAACAGAACAGGCUAUGAUGAGGCAUGUUAAUAAGUUUUAUUGCUCAGAUGUAAGAGAUACAGUAUCUGAAAAGAAAUGAAGGUUGAAAUUAAUGGUAUUAAAUGAUGUAAUAUAAAUUCCAUUGUUUAUUAAAACUUACAAAAAAAAAAGUUAAAAUCAGCCAAUUUUUCUUCACUACUUAUUUGCUUAAAAAAAUCAUGCUGCUAUUUAGUGCAAUAAAUUUCUGUUUCAUGCCAUCAAAGAAAGCUAUUAAAGUGUCUAUUCGAAAG